UAUUACGAAGCAACAUUUGAGACAAUGGUUUUUAACUGGAUAUAGUCUCACUCCAGCUGCAAAGAUUUCGAAAUCACUAACAAGUUCUGGAAUUGAAUUAGUAGAUGGAAGGGGUACUCGAGUCCUAGAUGACAAAGAUAUGUGGUAUAUAGAAGUAGCAGGCCCACCUGGCAAUUUUGAUGAAACAUCUAAACUGUCCCAGGUCUUGAGCUCACAAAUUGUUGGAUACCGAAUGACUUUAUACACCCUGAAUAUGUCAACUGAUGGUUUGUCUGAGUUGGAUUCUGCUGUCUUUCCGUUCUCUUUUGAUGCUU